AUGGCGGCCGCGGCGCGGGGCGACUACAAGCUCACCGACUACGAGGAUCGGGCGGCCCGAUACGGGUCGGAUGUGCGCCUCUACCUACCCGGCUACGGCGCGAUGUUCGACAUGGCCGCCGCGUUGCUGUCCAGCCGCGCGCCGGGGGAUUGUAAUCUGCUGGUGGUGGCCGCGGGUGGCGGGGAAGAGUUCUGCGCCUUCGGGUCGAGAUUCCCGGGCUGGAAGAUGACGGGCGUGGAUCCAUCGCCCGCGAUGCUGGCCGUGGCGAGGCAGAGGGUGGAAGAAAUGGGGAUUGGCGAUCGGGUGGAGACGCUGUGCGGCACGGCGGGCGACCUGCCGGAGGGGAAGGUUUUUGAUGCCGCGACAUGCAUGUUUGUGAUGGGCAUGAUCCAGGACGAUGGCUCCAAGCUGGCGUUCCUGAGGGAGGUGGCCAAGCGGCUCAAGCGUGGAGCGCCGUUGCUGCUGGCCGACGCGGUGGGGGACGUGGGCAGCGAGGCGUUCGGGAGAAUCAUGGCGGACGUCGCGGCGCACGGCAUCAGCGGCGGGAUGCAGGAGGACGAGAUGGACAAGUUUCGGUCGCAGGUUGGGAGGCUGCCGAUUGUGACUGAAGCCCGGGAGAUGGAGCUCAUGGAGCAGGCGGGCUUCGCGGUGGAGUACCAGUACUUUAGGGCGCUUAUUUUCAGCGCCUGGAUUGCGUACAAGAAGUGA